CGUCGUCGGCCUUCCAGUGAUGACGUAGAAUGUAGUCGCCCACGGUCUCUUUUGUGUUUAUUUUUCAGUUCUCACCAGCUUAUGCUAACAUUACCGAUUCAAAUGCAUUUUGUGAUCAUGGGUUUGCAUAGAUCGUUUUUUUAGCUAUAGUGUGCAAGAAUGCAAAGAUGAACAAAGGCUGGCUGGAACUCGAGAGCGACCCGGGACUGUUUACUCUGCUGGUGGAAGACUUUGGGGUCAAAGGUGUCCAAGUAGAAGAAAUAUAUGACCUACAAAGCAAGUGUCAAAGUCCUGUUUAUGGCUUCAUCUUCCUGUUUAAAUGGAUCGAGGAACGUCGAUCCCGGAGGAAAGUUUCCACCUUAGUUGACGAAACCUCUGUCAUUGAUGAGGAAAUUGUUAACGACAUGUUUUUUGCACAUCAGCUGAUACCAAACUCCUGCGCCACCCAUGCAUUGCUGAGCGUGCUUCUCAACUGCAGUGGUGUUGAGCUGGGCAUCACACUCAGUCGGAUGAAGGCUUUCACAAAGGGCUUUGGUCCAGAGAGUAAGGGCUAUGCCAUAGGAAAUGCUCCAGAGCUCGCCAAAGCACACAACAGCCAUGCAAGACCGGAGCCAAGGCACUUGCCAGAGAAGCAGAAUGGAAUCAGCGCUGUGCGAACCAUGGAGGCCUUCCACUUUGUGAGCUAUGUUCCCAUCAAGGACCGCCUCUUUGAGCUGGACGGACUCAAAGCCUACCCCAUUGACCAUGGGCCUUGGGGCGAGGAGGAGGAAUGGACGGACAAGGCUCGCAGGGUCAUCAUGGAGAGGAUCGGCCUGGCAACUGCUGGUGAACCAUACCACGACAUCCGCUUCAACCUGAUGGCCGUGGUACCGGACCGAAGGAUCAAGUAUGAAUCAAAACUGGAAAUCCUCAAGAGAAAUCGACAGACUGUCCUGGAAGGACUACAACAGUUAAUACGGCUCACCCAGCCCGAGCUGGUCCAGGACAAGAAGCAGCAGGAGUCCUCUGCUGAUGAAAUCAAGAAGGAGGCGGACGCCGAGCCCGGGACCACCCGGGGGGCCACACAGACCCCAGGCGAUCAAUCCCAGGCUACCUCCAAUCCCUCAGGCAGUGCUAAAUCUCUGGGUAAACCAGGAGGAGGUUCCCGGGUAGUCACCAGUCCCACCCCCAUCGUCCAACGCCUGCCUGCGUUCCUUGAUAACCACAACUACGCCAAGUCCCCCCUGCAGGAAGAGGAGGACCUAGCUGCGGGAGUGGGUCGCACCAGGGUAGCGGCCGCACCACCGAAGCCAACGUACUCUGACGAUGAGGAUUAUGAGGACGAAGAAGAAGAGGUUACUGGUGCUGCGGGAAAACCCAGCAGGUUAGCUGUGUUCAGAAGGAAGGCCAGCCUGCGGACGCGGUCGGGCCGCGUGGGAGGGGGCAUGGAGAGCCAGAUCGCGCUCAGCGUCCUGGCAGAGAAGCUGAAGAAGGAGGUCCAGCGGAAGGACGCCCUGAGCACGCCGCUGUCCGUGCGCACCGAGGGCCGCAACGGCGGCGUCAGCAUCACGGCGGCGUCACAGCCGUCACCCACGCCCAGCAACGAGAGCACGGACACGGCCUCGGAGAUCGGCAGCGCCUUCAACUCGCCGCUGCGCUCGCCGGCGCGCUCCCAGGCGGCCACGCGGCCGUCCAGCCCGGUGGCAUCCCACCUCUCCCGCGUGCUGUUCGGGGAGGACGACCUGCUGCGGCUGGACCCCCGACACAACCGCGCCGUGCGCGAGCUCGGCCCGUCCAUCUGCGUGGCGCUGCUCCACCUUCAGGAGGACGGGGUCAUCUGUUCCCUCCCGCCGUCUGUGGACUCCUCUGCCAAAGGACCCAAGCCGCCCUUUACACCCAAGAAGAAGAUUAAAGAAGAGGAGCAAGGAGAGGAGGCCCAGGGCAGUGCCGAGGGCCCGUCUGUACAGGUGAAGGAGGAGCAGGACUGCAAGGAAGGAAUUGUGGGCAAGCCUAGCAAGGAAAAGAUGGACCCUGCGGAUGUGGUCGGAGUCCAGAAGCCACCUGGAGAUAAAUAUUCUCCCAAGGAGCUGCUGGCUCUACUGAAGUGCGUGGAAGCUGAUAUUGCUAAUUACGAAGUCUUCCUAAAGGAGGAAGUGGAAAAACGGAAGAAAUACAAGAUUGAUGACCAGAGGAGGACCCACAAUUAUGACGAGUUCAUAUGUACCUUCAUAUCAAUGUUGGCACAAGAAGGCAUGCUGGCCAGCCUGGUGGAGCAGAACAUCUCGGUGCGCCGCCGGCAGGGCGUGAGCAUCGGCCGGCUGCACAAACAGAGGAAGCCGGACCGCAGGAAACGCUCACGACCGUACAAGGCUAAGCGGCAGUAAUAGAUACACACACACACACACACACACACACACACACACACACACACACACACACACACACACACACACACACACACACACACACACACACACACACACACACACACACACACACACACACACACACACACACACACACUGUGGUGAUCAUCUCCUAUAGAUCAUGAAGCAUCAAGCAAUCACGGCAGAGAAGAAGGAGGAAAAGAAAUGGGUGCACUUCUGUAAAUGCUGUUUGUUGUAUUUUAAGAUGGCUUCCUAUUCGUUACAAAACGGUAUCAUGCCGCAAUUUCUUUUAUAUGUAUGUGUACAUAAUGCGUUACAAUUUUAGGCCUCAUGUCAUACCUUUUGAGAUCUGCCUCUUCAGUUAAGAGGCCGGUAAUUGUACCAGGCGAACAUUGAAUGCAAAAAUGCCUUCUAUAUUUCCUUUACAGAGGGAAGAGAGCGAAUUCAUUUUCCUGAAGGUCAUUUGGUAUUUUGUAAUCAUGGUCUCACAGUAUAGUUUAUAAGGUAUUGGAACCUCAGAGAUCUGAACCGGCUCUUUUUGACUAGAAGGUGUAUAUUUCCCUCUUGGGUCCUGUAAAUGAAUGAUGAACCAUCAUCUUAUUUUUGUACCUGACAGCGCUCACCAUGAGCGGUGGUUUAUUGUGUGCAUCUGUGUGUUUUGUACAUAUGUAUCUGUCUGCCAGCUCAGCAUCACUUGCACAGUGGGCCAGGUGGCUUUUGUCCUUACCAAUUCAUACUACAAUAAACAGAAAGAAAAUGUG